AUCACUGCUAGGUUCUGCAACACACAUAAAGAGUUGCAGAAUAUCUGCUCUAUUCAGGGGUGUUUUCAGCUGGUCCAACAAGGCUGCCUCACAUGUUCAGAUCCUGAGCACUUAUAUGUUCAAACUAUGUAUGAAGAAAGGGGGAAAUCAAUGCUUCACCUU